AUAUAUUUUUCCUAUCAUCUCUUGAUUUAUUAGAGAGUUUUCAUUGAGCAGAUGAACACGAACGACGAUGGAACACGCCGCCAGAACUAACGCCUGAGUCGGUCGUCAAGACGAUGUUCGACGAUGAGGAAUCUCAAACACAUCUCCUUUCCCUCGUUCCCGUUAAGGCAACUGUCAAUUUAAACACAGGGCAUAACAAUGCGCACUCUGUCAGCUUGGGUGCGAGUGGUAUCGAUGGUAUCAGUCUUUCGGAAAGUGACAGUUACAAUCGUCCUGCAGGAUCUCCUAUUUCCGUGAGCAAAUCAGUUUCCGCGGGAUUAUCGGGAAUCUCUACCGCAGGCGCGAAAGCUUAUACUGACGGUGACAAUGACAAGACUGAAAGUCAUUCGUUCAGUUUUGGCCAAGCGACCGCAACUUCUUUUGGAGUAAUCGAAAAUGGACAAACGAUUACCGGCGCCGCGUCUUCCGUUGGUACCUCACAAUCCUCUGCUACGACUGGUGAUAAUCGAGGACAAUCCUUCUCGCAAGCUGGUGCGGUUAGUGCGCAAUAUCCUUAUCGGCCAACGUGGAACAACGUUGGCCCAAACAAUGGACCCAACGAUCAAUAUUUCAAUCAACCGACAUUCAUUGUUUCGCGUGACGAAACACGGCCGACACUGAACAUUGGUGUCCCAGGCAUAUCCAUACAAGAACAAAAGCCAACGAUUCAUGUCUCCGAAUGGCGACCGCAUCAUAGAGAAUUUUUUCGUCCAAGUUUAUCAAUUGAAUAUCAGUUACACAAUUCUAGAAAUGAUCCCGCUGAUAGAUCAUCCAGUUUUCAUGUCGGAAGUAAAGAUUCUAAACAGGGAUAUUAUAACAGUGACAUAAUUUCUGAUCUUGCACAAACUGUUGGCAAAUUGUUUGACAUUAUAUAAUAUAAAAAAUAAAAAGUAGAUAAAUAUUUACAC